CACGCGCGCUCCCGCGGACCGCCCCGUUAUUAUUCGACGAGCGACUGACACCGAAACUACAAUGUCAAACAUUCUCGGGACACCGAGCGCUUCCGUGUUCGCGCGCGCAGCGGAGGACCCGUCCUGAUUUAUUAAUACACGCGAAAAAUUUACGAACAAUCUGAUGGUGUUUCUGGAAGCUAAAGACUGAGAUGUUGUAUCAUCGUUCAGACAAGGUGGAAGUGUGAGUGAGUCAGGGAGACAUGGAGGUGAUUAGAAGAAAAGACUCAGACUCAAACGGCCUCUUCUCAGACAACUCGGACAAUGACUGUGAGCACUUGGGGGCUUGUGGGCAGACGACAGCAGUGUGUUUGUGUGAAAAUACCCCCUUUACCAGCUUCUGUGAUCAGCACCCACAGGAGGACUCCAGUGUGAAGUGUGUCCAGUGCGGUAAGAACAGAGCCAUGAUCACCAGAUACUCAGAGGGUUAUGGCACAGAGGAGGAGUGUGUCCAGCCUCAUCUACAGGGAGACAGCGACGCAGACGCAGACAUCGAGGACACGGACAGCAGGCUCCAGAUUGUGGGUUCCCUCCAGCGAAUCAGCUCCCGGAAGAGAAAGCGUCAGCGAAUCACGCGGCAGGACACAACGGAGAGCGAAGACGAUGGUGGGCGGAGCCACAGGACGCACCGCUGGAGUCUACGGCUCAGUCCUCAUCGCGCACAUAACAGGACCAUCCUGGAGGAGAGCAUUUCUCAGGUGCGGCCGCUGGUAAUCUGCCGCUGUGCAGCGCGAGAGACUCAAACCGUCACAGACGACAAACCCGACAGCGGAAAAUGGACCCUGGCAGUGUUCCCCGUCCCUCUCUCUCUCCCUGUGUCCUGUUAUCUGCUCAUCGUCCCUCUCUCCGUAUCCAUCAUCAUCGUUCUUGUGUCAUUCCUCCUACCGCUCACAGAUACUUGACAUUGCCUUAAAACAUCGCUGCACAACCCUCUUCAUCAUAUGAAUCGAUUAUCUUUUUAGUUGUGUCUACAUGUACAGUAUAUUUGACCCUUUUAUACAGUGUGAUCUAUAGAAGCUUUGGUAAAUAACUAUGAGAUAAAAAGUCAAUUAUGAGAUAAAAAGUAAAAAUAAUGAUGCAUAAUGUCACAAUUAUGAGACAAAAGCGGAAGUCAUGAUUAUGAGAUAAAAAGACAAAUUGUGAAACUUUAAGUCAUAAUUAUGAGAUAAUAGUUGAAAUUAUGACAGUAAGUCCUAAUCGAGAUAAAAAUGUAAAAUUAUGACAAUAAUUAUGACAUACGAAGUCAUAAUUAUAAGAUAAAAAGUUACAAUUAUGACAUACUAAGUCAUAAUUAGGACAUAAAAAUAUGAAAAAACAAUAAGAAAAAAAUCAUUAUGAGAAUUAUAUGUUUAAAUGUAUGAGAUGAAAAAUUUUCAAAUUAUGACAUACGUCAUUAUUAGGGCAUAAAAAUGUAAAAGUAUGAAAAAAUCAUUAUGAGACAAAAGUAAAAUUAUGAGAUAAAAAGUCAUAAUUUAUUUCAGAAUUAUAGCUUACUUUUUAUGUCAUGACUAUGGCAUCUUGUGUUGGAAAUGUGCUUAUGUAUUAUUUGGACAUCAAAGCCAUCAAGUUUAGUGACAAAAAGCACAUUUGGACGCACGAUAUGGUCAGGGGUGUAAAAUUACAGUGAUUUUGUACUUAAGUGAGGGAAUACGGUGCCAAAAAGUUGUUUCCACAUGUAAUCAUAAAAAUCAAAAAAAAAAAAAAAUUAAGGCGUCUCUUCACAAGAACAAAUGACUGCAAUUAUCACCAAUUACAUUUCACAUUGAAA